ACUGACCUACAGGAAGAGAGAAGUCCUUUUAGAAGACCCAGAAGUCUGUCACUCCAAAGAAACCCUUUGAAGCCAAGGUGGUCAAGCACCAGUUUCAGAUUCCAGAGAUAUCACACUACUGAAAGUCAUCCCAGAAGGCACCCUACAGGCUUAUAUCUGCGCCCCCUAUCGAACCACUAUGAUGAUGUGAGAAACCACAGCAAACAUUAUCCUGGGUCAUCAAAGGGACACAAAGAUGCUCCAGGGUCAGCUCACCGCACAGACAGAGAGAGGGAAAUAAAACCUCUUUCCGUCAUGAUCUCUCAGGAAAGGGAGAAUGCCUCCAGCAGAGGGCUCCCAUCUUCCGUAACGAGGGCCGCGGCUCGAAAUCGAGCCAUUCAGCAGAAGAGGAGGGAAAUCGAGGAGGUGUACAAGCAGGACUGUAACACAGUGGGCAUUGUUGUGAAAAUGCUGAUAGAUAAGGACCCCACUCUGGAAUGGCUGAUCCAAGCGUCGCUGCAGGAGAACCUGAGAGAGAUCGGCCUACGCUGUGUGGAAGCCAUGGAGCGCUUUAUCCAGGACUACGACUCCCAAGAUUCCUGCACUGCAACCUCUCAACAAUCUAAGAUCGGAAAAGGUGAAACACCUAGAUGAAAGGUGUCCAUUUCCUGAUCUGCUGCCUCCUUCCAAAAGAAGCAAUGGAUCCUUUAAUUAAAUGUCAUCAACACAACAAAACACAA